GAGCCCGGCGCAGCCCAGCGCAGCCCCCCGAGCUGCGGGAUGGUGGCGGCGGGGGGGGACGCGGCGGCGGCGGCGGCGGCGGCGGCGCUGGCGAUGGCUCAGAGCGCCGGACCGGGCGCCGUGUAACGGGAGAGGGCCCUGAGCCACGCGGGGCGAAGGCAGCGCGGAUCGCGGGCGCAGUCCCGGGUGUUCCCCCGCGCCAGGAGGCCGCGGGAGCCCCUCUGCGACCCCCCCCCACCCCCCCAAAAAAAAUCGCCUCCGAGCGCACCAAGGAACGAUGAAAAAGAAUAAUUCUGCAAAAAGGGGGAACCAGGAUGGAAACCAGCAACCUGCGCAGCCGGAGAAGGUCGGCUGGGUGCGGAAAUUUUGCGGGAAAGGCAUUUUUAGGGAAAUCUGGAAAAACCGUUAUGUGGUUCUGAAGGGAGAUCAGCUUUACAUCUCGGAGAAGGAGGUAAAAGAUGAAAAAAACAUACAGGAAAUGUUUGACCUGAGUGACUACGAGAAAUGUGAAGAGCUCAGGAAGUCCAAAAGUAGAAGCAAAAAGAACCACAGUAAAUUUACCCUUGCCCACUCCAGGCAGCCUGGAAACACGGCACCAAAUCUGAUCUUCCUGGCUGUGAGUCCAGAAGAGAAAGAGUCCUGGAUUAAUGCCCUCAACUCUGCAAUUACACGUGCUAAAAACCGGAUCUUGGACGAGGUCACCGUGGAAGAGGACAGUUUCCUUGCCCACCCGACGCGUGACAGAGCCAAGAUCCAGCACUCCCGGCGCCCUCCCACGCGGGGUCACCUCAUGGCUGUGGCAUCUACCUCAACCUCUGACGGAAUGCUGACCCUCGACCUGAUCCAGGAGGAAGACGCCUCUCCGGAGGACCACGGCACCUGCGAGGAGAGUUUCCGGGUGGAUCUGGACAAGUCCGUGGCACACCUCACUGCGGGGCGGCGCCGCUCGGACUCGGAGAACACCAAGUCAUCGGAGAAAGGGCGGACAGGGAGCCUCCCCCGACAGGAGGUGACCUCGUGGGACAGAGCCGGGCAGCGCAAUGACUCCUUUGACAAAGGGACCAUGUACACACCGCAGGUCCCCAAAAAGCUCUCACACUCAGAAAAGAAUAAAUGUGCCUCCAUGGAAGAAAUCCUGUCCCGACGGGACUCUUCCACGCAUCGGGCGGUGCUGAGGAAGGGGCUGGAGGCUCAGUUUGCCUCGGCAGAGCCGGAGCAGCUGUCCCGGAUACAGGAACUGGUUGCACUGAAACUGGAAAAAACUCAGGAACUGCUGACAGAGGUGAAGGGCUACGGGGAAGGCAAGAGAAAGACCAAGGACUCCAACACCAGCACCACCAUCACCACCACCUCUUCUUCCUCAUCAUCUUCCAAGUCGGACUCUGAAAGGAUCCUGCAGGAAUCUGAGAGGCUGCUGGGGGAGGCUUCCUCCACCUGGAGCCAAGCCAAGAGGGUGCUGCAGGAGAUCAAAGAGCUGAGGGACCUGUACAAACAGUUUGAGCUGCAGCAGUCAGACUCGAAGCCCAAACAGAGCUCACAGUCGCAGUUUAGGAAGAGCAUGAUGUGAAGGCAAGCCUUGGGAUGGGAGGGAGGGACUGGGAAGGGUGGCCAUCUGGUCUUUUUUUUUAAUUAUUAUUAUUAUUUACAGUGUUCAAAAGAGUGAAAAGGUGCCUGUUCUCACCCAAAUUUGCUUCUCAAAGCUUGGACCCUUCCUUUCCUCCAUCGCAUCCCCUGAUGAAUCAACCCAGUGUUCCAAUAAAUCAGUUGCAGUUUAUA